AUGUCUACCGGCAACUUCAAGUUCGAAAACAAGGGCCACAAAUGGGUCCAAAACGACGUCUGGACCGCCGUCGACGGCUACACAAUGGGCCAUCUACACCCCUCCACCAAACCCAACGCCUCCGCUCUCCAAAACGCCCUCGACGCCUCCAAAGCCGCCGGUCUGCCCGACAUCUCGGCCUCCCCCGCGCAGAGCAAGUUCAUGGCUCUGCAAUGCCGCGUCCUAGGCGUCACGCACGCCCUCGAGGUCGGCACUCUGGGCGGCUACUCAGCCAUCUGGCUCGCGAGCGAGAACCCGCAGAUGAAGCUCACGACCGUCGAGUUCGACCCCAAGCAUGUCGAGGUGGCGCGCAAGAACAUUGCGUAUGCGGGGCUGGAGGACCGGAUCGAGGUUAUCCAGGGUUCGGGGCUGGAGGUGUUAAGCCAGCUGAGGAAGGAGACCGAGGAGGGAAAGAGGCCCAAGUUUGGGUUCUUCUUUAUCGAUGCGGAUAAGCCGAAUAACCUCAACUAUUUCAACCUGGCGGUGGAGAUGGCGCUGCCCAAGGCCAUGAUUUGCGUGGAUAAUGUGGUGCGCGGAGGCAGGCUGAUUGAUGAGAGUGCGGCUGGGCCUAGGGAUACGGCGGGUAGGGUUUUGGUGGAGGGAGUGGCGAAGGAUCAGAGGGUUGAGUCGGUGGUUAUGCAGACUGUGGGUGAGAAGAGCUAUGAUGGAUGUCUUUGGGCCAUCUUGAAGUCGGAGGCUUGA